AUGCAAGGGGCAAAAUCAGUAAGAGCAUCACACAUCCUACUAAAAUCUACACAAUCAAGAAACCCAUAUGACAGAGUUAGAGACAAAUAGAUCACUAGGUACAUUCUACAUCUAUGUAUAUUAGAUCUGAUGCUGAUGCAGAGAAGGGAAUCAGAGAAAUCAGAGCAUAGGUUGAGAACAAUUUGAACUUAUUUGCUAAAAUAGCUUAAGAGAGAAGUGAAGUAUAUAAACAAAUUAAAGAAAUAAUAGUGUUCUUCUUGUUAAAAGGGUGGAGACUUAGGAGAUUUUACAAGGGGAUAAAUGUAAAAGUAGUUUGAAGAUGUGGCAUUUGCAUUGAAAGUCGGAGAGUUGAGUCAACCAGUUAAAAGUGAUUCAGGAUGGCACAUCAUCCUUAGAACAGGUUGAUGAAAUAAUUUUUUCAAAG